AUGGUUGCCAAGAAGCCAAAAGUAGUGAUAAUUGGAGCAGGAAUGGCUGGUCUUACAGCUGCUAACAAGCUAUACACAAGUGUAGGCUCAAAAGAAUUGUUUGAGCUAUUUGUUGUUGAAGGGGGGACUAGAAUAGGAGGGAGGAUUAACACUUCAGAAUUCUCCGGUGACAGGAUCGAGAUGGGUGCUACCUGGAUCCAUGGAAUUGGAGGCAGCCCUCUUCACAAAAUAGCUCAAGAAAUCAAUUCACUUGAGUCUGAGCAGCCUUGGGAAGGUAUGGAUGGGUGUUUAGAUGAUCCUGUGACUAUUGCUGAAGGUGGGCAUGAGCUAAAUCCAUCUCUUGUUGAGCCUGUUUCCAGUUUUUUCAAGAAACUAUUGGAUUUUGCUCAAGGGAAAGAGAUUGAAGAAGAUGGUGUAUUCAAUGAAGAAAUUGAGUUCUCUAAGCUUGCUGCUAAGGCUUCUGAUACUUUUACUGGCAAUGGCAGCCUUGAAAAGCCAAGUCUCGGGUAUUUUCUCCGGCAGGGCCUUGAUGCUUACUGGAGAACAAUGAAAGAACAAGAUCAGGAAGUUAAAGGAUAUGGUGGUUGGAGUCGAAAAUCAAUAGAAGAGGCCAUUUUUGCAAUGCAUGAAAACACUCAAAGGACUUAUACAUCAGCUGGUGAUCUGCUAACUCUCGAUUACGGCGCAGAAAGCGAAUAUCAAAUGUUUCCAGGUGAAGAAAUCACCAUUGCUAAAGGAUAUAUGAGCAUAAUUGAGUCUUUAGCUUCCGUAUUGCCUGCUGGUUUGAUCCAAUUAGGCCGAAAAGUUACAAAAAUUGAAUGGCAGCCUCAUGGCCAACAACUAUUAGAAACAGAUAGUGGCCGUGGUAAUAGGCCUGUUAAGCUACAUUUUUGUGAUGGGUCGACCAUGUUAGCUGAUCACAUCAUUGUUACAGUUUCACUCGGGGUUCUCAAGAAGGGGAUUCGUGAAGACUCGGGUAUGUUCAAUCCUCCACUGCCUACUUGGAAGACGGGGGCAAUUUUGAGGCUCGGGUAUGGUGUUGUUAACAAGCUGUUUUUAAAAUUGAGUUCACUUGGUGAUCAAGAAGGAGAUAAUUUCAACAAGUUUCCAUUUUUGCAAAUGGUUUUCCAUCAAUCAGACUCCAAACUAAGGCACCCGAAAAUUCCCUGGUGGAUGAGGAAGACAGAUUCUUUAUGUCCCAUUUAUACCAAAUCAAAAGUUCUUUUGUCUUGGUUUGCAGGUAGAGAGGCUCUUGAGCUUGAAUCAUUUGAAGAUGAGGAGAUUAUUAAAGCGGUUUCUGCCACAUUCUCUAGCUUUUUAUCCAAUUCGCGAUACCAAAUCAAUUCUAUUUCUCAUGAAUUAUGCAAUGGAAAUGGGAGAGUGAAUUUUGUGGAAAGCUGGAAUGAGAGAGAACUAAAGUUUGAUAAGGUUUUGAAGACCCAAUGGGGCACUGAUCCACUCUUCUUGGGAUCAUAUAGUUAUGUGGCUGUUGGAUCAAGUGGAGAUGAUUUGGACACCAUGGCUAAGCCAUUGCCCCAAAACAUCAAUCAGGAGUCUAAUGCUUCAACUCCACUUCAAAUUCUGUUUGCAGGGGAAGCAACACAUAGAACCCAUUAUUCUACUACUCAUGGUGCUUAUUUUAGUGGUCUUAGAGAAGCCAAUAGGCUUCUUCAACAUUUUCACUGUGCUGCUAUGUGA